AUGGCUGCGAAAAACUACUUCAUCCUCAUGAAACUGAUCCUAAUUUUUUCCCUACUUGUUUCUGCAGUCAAGGAUAUCUAUGACUGCCAUGAAACCGCGGUGACUCCCUUGGAUGAUACUGAACUUAUUCGGCGAUCCAUCGAGCAAUUACAAUUAACCUGUAAGGCCGCCGAUGCUUGUACCGCUUGCAAAUCAAGGCUUUCUAUUGGCAAGGUUCUUUCACUGACCCGGCCCGAUAUUGUUCCCUAUGUGUUCAAGCGGUGGUGUACCGAAGCUAUGCAUGAUGCUGGGCAAUGUGAGAUGAAUUUCAGUCCCUUUUCUGCCGACAAAUCUACCCUUGGUUCAGACUUCAUUUUGAUGCUUCAAUCAAUGAGUCCUGAAGGAUUGGAUGGAGAUUAUUUUUGUUAUUACCAUGAAUCCAAAUGCCUCGAAAGGCCAGAAACCCCGGAAAUCAAUCUUGAUACCAUGUGGCCACCAAAACCAAAAUCUUAUUCUGCUCCGGUACAAAGUGGUGAGUCGUUUAAUGUGCUCCAUCUUGGUCAUAUUAAUCUUCAACCAGAUUAUGCUGUGGCUUCUGAAGCAAAUUGCUCACAAAGUUUGUGCUGUUCUCCUUGUUCUGCCAAUUUCAAUUGUCCUCCAGAAGGUUAUAGUAUGCAUGUUAGCGACACUAAAACCGGCGUAGCUUCAUUUUUCAACAGCAGCUAUUCACGGGGAAAGUUCGAAAAGGGAAACUACGUGGAUAUCUUCAACAAAGAUGCAUGGUGUCCCGCUCAUGAAUUUGGCACGUAUUUGUGUGAUGUGCCACCAGUUUUGUUGAACAACACUCUCCGCAAUAUUCGAGCCUUUCACGAAAAUCUGCUCGAUUUCGAAUUUGCAAUUGUCACUGGUUCGGCAAUUGACCAUAGAGACCGCCAGUUUCUCACCAAAAAUGACCACAUGAGCACGCAAGAUUUAGCUUAUAGUGCAAUCCAGUGUCAUUUGCAUUCCAUUCCUAUAUUUCCCUCGUUUGGCGACACCUAUCCAAAGCACCAAUUUGCACCCAAAAGUCAUCCUCUGUUUUCAAGCCAGCAAUAA